AGGCGUACAACCGAAUGUUUGCUGACACACAACGCUCUAGAAACAUGUGCGUCACAUGCUAGCAGACCAUGCAACUCAUCAGUCAUUUAGCAUCAUUAACAAAAACAGCUGGUGGGGGUCUUCAAUGUCGCUUUGAUCGAAACACAUUGACACCAUGUUCAUUUCUUCUUGACACAAUAUUAAUUUCUUAUUUUCUCAAUUUAAUAGGCGAACUCGGCUCUUCACCACAGAAAACAUUGCGCUCUCAAAGUUCUUCACAUGGUUAAAAUAAAAACAGUACAACCAAAUAAAUGCACAUUUGAACAGAAACAUAGCAAAACUAAAUAAUAAAUAUGAUGAUAAAAACAUUUUUUUAAGAAAUAUAUGAAACUACAAAUUUCCCCGGACCUCUGGCACUUUUAAGAAGGUGCCGGGUGUCUGAAUCCGUGAGUUUUAGGUCCAACCGUACAAAAUGAGCUAUAGAGCUAGCCUAAAACAUUAGCACGCUUACAUUAAAAGUAAUUAAGUGUGUGUGCUAACACUGGCAUUCUAACAGUUAGCAUGUCUGACAUAUCAAGUAACACGGCUGUAAAGGUGUAUGGCUGCGGAAGUAAAUAAAAAAAGUGAAAAAAACAUUAAAAAAAAGUUAGCACGCUAUUAUUAGCUUCCUACCAUGCUAACGUUUGCAUGCCAACAGUUAGCAUGUCUCACAUAUCAAGUAACUCGGCCGUAAAGGUGUCUGGCUGCGGAAGUAGAGAAAGUGGAAAAAAAACAGCAAAAAAAAAUUAGCAUGCUAUUUUUAGCGUGCUAAAAUUUGCAUGCUAAAAGUUAGCAUGUCUCACAUAUCAAGUAACGCGCCUGUAGUGGCAAUCUUCACCUUCAAAUGUUCAAUAUUAUUGUCACUACUCAACAGGUUUGAGGGAGUGAUCCUACUCAGCAGCAAAUAUUGCAAUGAAGUGAAGUCCAGUCAGAAAUCCAGUUAAUGCAUAUUUAUUAAUUCAUGCAUAUUUAUUAAUUAAUGCAUAUUUAUUAAUUAAUGCAUAUUUAUUAAUUAACUUGCAGGGCGAAUGAAACAUACUCAGGAUUAUUGUAGUGAUAUUGUGUUAUAUCUUCUCCUGCCUGUUGCUGUGUGCUGUUGUCUGCUGUUGUUGUCUGCUGUUGUUGUCUGCUGUUGUUAUCUGCUGUUGUUGUCUGCUGUUGUUAUCUGCUGUUGUUGUCUGCUGUUGUUGUCUGCUGUUGUUGUCUGCUGUUGUUAUCUGCUGUUGUUGUCUGCUGUUGUUGUCUGCUGUUGUUAUCUGCUGUUGUUAUCUGCUGUUGUUGUCUGCUGUUGUUGUCUGCUGUUGUUGUCUGCUGUUGUUGUCUACUGUUGUUGUCUGCUGUUGUUAUCUGCUGUUGUUGUCUGCUGUUGUUGUCUGCUGUUGUUAUCUGCUGUUGUUGUCUGCUGUUGUUGUCUGCUGUUGUUGUCUACUGUUGUUGUCUGCUGUUGUUAUCUGCUGUUGUUGUCUGCUGUUGUUAUCUGCUGUUGUUGUCUGCUGUUGUUAUCUGCUGUUGUUGUCUGCUGUUGUUGUCUACUGUUGUUGUCUGCUGUUGUUGUCUGCUGUUGUUGUCUACUGUUGUUGUCUGCUGUUGUUAUCUGCUGUUGUUGUCUGCUGUUUUUAUCUGCUGUUGUUGUCUGCUGUUGUUGUCUACUGUUGUUGUCUGCUGUUGUUAUCUGCUGUUGUUGUCUGCUGUCGUUGUCUGCUGUUGUUGUCUGCUGUUGUUGUCUGCUGUUGUUGUCUGCGGUUGUUGUCUACUGUUGUUAACUGCUGUUGUUGUCUGCUGUCGUUGUCUGCUGUCGUUGUCUGCUGUCGUUGUCUGCUGUCGUUGUCUGCUGUUGUUGUCUGCUGUCGUUGUCUGCUGUCGUUGUCUGCUGUCGUUGUCUGCCGUCGUUGUCUGCCGUCGUUGUCUGCCGUCGUUGUCUGCCGUCGUUGUCUGCCGUCGUUGUCUGCCGUCGUUGUCUGCCGUCGUUGUCUGCCGUUGUUGUCUGCGGUUGUUGUCUGCUGUUGUUGUGUGCUGUUGUUGUCUGCUGUUGUUGUCUGCUGUUGUUGUCUGCGGUUGUUGUCUGCUGUUGUUGUCUGCUGUUGUUGUCUGCUGUUGUUAACUGCUGUUGUUGUCUGCUGUCGUUGUCUGCUGUCGUUGUCUGCUGUCGUUGUCUGCUGUCGUUGUCUGCUGUCGUUGUCUGCUGUCGUUGUCUGCUGUUGUUGUCUGCUGUUGUUGUCUGCUGUUGUUGUCUGCGGUUGUUGUCUACUGUUGUUAACUGCUGUUGUUGUCUGCUGUCGUUGUCUGCUGUCGUUGUCUGCUGUCGUUGUCUGCUGUUGUUGUCUGCUGUCGUUGUCUGCUGUCGUUGUCUGCUGUCGUUGUCUGCUGUCGUUGUCUGCCGUCGUUGUCUGCCGUCGUUGUCUGCCGUCGUUGUCUGCCGUCGUUGUCUGCCGUCGUUGUCUGCCGUCGUUGUCUGCCGUCGUUGUCUGCGGUUGUUGUCUGCUGUUGUUGUGUGCUGUUGUUGUCUGCUGUUGUUGUCUGCUGUUGUUGUCUGCGGUUGUUGUCUGCUGUUGUUGUCUGCUGUUGUUGUCUGCUGUUGUUGUCUGCCGUUGUUGUCUGCCGUUGUUGUCUGCCGUUGUUGUCUGCCGUUGUUGUCUGCCGUUGUUAUCUGCCGUUGUUGUCUGCCGUUGUUGUCUGCCGUUGUUGUCUGCCGUUGUUGUCUGCCGUUGUUGUCUGCCGUUGUUGUCUGCUGUUGUUGUCUGCCGUUGUUGUCUGCCGUUGUUAUCUGCCGUUGUUGUCUGCCGUUGUUGUCUGCUGUUGUUGUCUGCUGUUGUUGUCUGACGUUGUUGUCUGCCGUUGUUAUCUGCCGUUGUUGUCUGCCGUUGUUAUCUGCUGUUGUUGUCUGCUGUUGUUGUCUGCUGUUGUUGUCUGCGGUUGUUGUCUGCAGUUAUUGUCUGCUGUUGUUAUCUGCUGUUGUUGUCUGCCGUUGUUGUCUGCCGUUGUUAUCUGCUGUUGUUGUCUGCUGCUGUUAUCUGCUGUUGUUGUCUGCUGUUGUUGUCUGUUGUUGUUGUCUGCUGUUGUUAUCUGCUGUUGUUGUCUGCUGGCGGGCCCGCGUCUCGUCACCACUCCAAGAUGGCGGCGGCGUGCUGCUUCCCCUUCCAACAUGUACAUGGUGGAAACAAGACAAGUGGAGCGGAUCACCACUCCAAGAUGGCGGGCCCGCGUCUUGUCACCACUCCAAGAUGGCGGCGGCGCGUCCCGUUAGCGUCAGUAGGCAGUAGCGCUGCAUGCUGCGUGCUGCCUCCCCAUCCAACAUGUACAUGGUGGAAACAAGACAAGGAAAAAGCAAGACAGCGUUUAUGGACAAUAGGUUAUUGCGUUUAGCAUAGUUCUGUUUUUGUAAUCAUUGCUUACAUGCACACAAUAUUCGGUGUGGUCAAGUAUACGUAGCUGUUAUUUGCAUUAGUCCGUGCGCACUCUGCUGCUUCUCGUGCUAGCUUAGCUCGCUAGUUAGCUUAGCUUGUUAGCCGCUAACAAAGAGACGCAGAAGUUAUCAACACGUCGCUCAGCAGAGAUCAGAUGUGAGUGUAAAGAGCUGUGAUUGUGUGAAAAUGUGCGAAAGAAAGACAUCAGAGUACGAGGAGGAACUUUGUCCAAUAAAAGAGGAGAAGGAGCGACAACAUCAACCACUGGACGCAGUUUUUGAAACACGUCAAGUUGUGUUACACGGAACAGACGUCCAGCAGCCCUCCCACAUUAAAGAGGAAGAGGUGGAUCUCUGGAUCAGUCAGGAGGAAGAGUGUCUUCUUGGGCAGGAGGAGGCUGAUGUCAGCAAGUUUCCACUGACUGUUGUCUCUGUGAAGACUGAAGAGCAUGAAGACAAACCACCUGAGUCCUCACGGCUUCAUCGCAGUCCAAACACCCAGCAGCUGAUCGGUCAUGAAGAAGAACCUCAGUUGCAGGAGGAUAAGCCCACCUACUUUAAAAAGGAGGAGGACCUCUGGCUCACACAGGAGGAAGAGUGUCUUCUUGGGCAGGAGGAGGUUGAUGUCAGCAAGUUUCCACUGACUUUUGUCUUUGUGAAGACAGAAGACCAUGAAGACAAACCACCUGAGUCCUCAGACCUUCAUCACAGUCCGCGAGAGGAGGAACUUCCAUGCGGCAGUUCAACACAACACAUGUCAACAGAAGCUGAAGGUGACCGCUGUGGAGGAUCACAAGUAGACAACUUAUUAGCUCCGCUGUCAGAUAGCGACGACAGGCCGUCAGACAAUAACGUAAAUAUGGACUCACACACAAAGACGCACGCAGGAGAAACAAAUUUCAGUUGUUCAAUAUGUGAUAAAAUAUUUUCUAACAAACGUAACAUGCAAAUACACAUGAGAACGCACACAGGAGAAAAACCUUUCUGUUGUUCAAUUUGCGGUAAACGAUUCUCCGUCAAAAGUAACUUGCAAACGCACAUGCGAACACACACCGGAGAAAAACCUUUCAGUUGUUCGGUGUGCGGUAAGGGAUUCUCUGAUAAAAGUAAUAUUCAAAUACACAUGAGAACGCACACGGGAGAAAAACCUUUCAGUUGUUCAGUGUGCAGUCAAAAAUUCUCGAACAAAAGCAAUAUGCAGACACACAUGCGAACGCACACAGGGGACAAACCUUUUACUUGUUCAGUGUGUGGUAAAAGAUUCUUCAACAAAAGUCUCAUGCAAACACACACGAGAAAGCACACAGGGGAAAAACCUUUCAGUUGUCCAGUUUGUGGUAAAAGAUUCUUUGACAAAAGCCACAUGCAAACCCACUUAAGGACACACUCAGGAGAAAAACCCUUUAGUUGUUCAGUUUGCGCCAAAAGCUUCAUCAGAAACUCAGAUUUGACUCAACACAUGCGGAGACACACAGGAGAAAAACCUUUUAACUGCUCAAACUGUGACAAAAAGUUUUCUCAGAGGGAAACAAUGCUGUCACAUAUGUUAACGCAUAAAGGAGAAACGCCUUUCAGUUGUUUAUUGUGUGGGAAAAGUUUCUCUAACAAACGUAACAUGCAGAGACACAUGAGAACACACUCAGGGGAAAACCACCACAGUUGUCCAGUUUGCGGUAAAACCUUCUCUGAAAAAUGUAAUAUGCAACGACAUGUUAGAACACACUCUGGAGAAAAACCUUUCAGUUGUUCAGUUUGUGGUAAAAGAUCCUCUGACAAACGUAAUAUGCAGAGACACAUUAGAACGCACACCGGAGAAAAACCUUUCAGCUGUUCAGUUUGCGGUAAAAGAUUCUCUCUGAAAAUUAAUAUGCAAAGACACAUGCAGAUACACGCAGGGGAAUAACUUUUCCAUUUUGGAAGUCUUCUUUGAAUUGACUUUUGCAGAUGGGACCCAGCAAGCCCACCUUUAUGGUAUGUAUUACAAAACACUAUUCUCUUAGUUUAUGAUAGGUACUGCGUUAAAAAAUGUUUUAUCAAGAAAUGGUUUUGUAAAGCUGAUUACAAUGUUUUGAAGAAUGCUUCACAGCUACGCAUAAAAUAAUAAUUUUAUUCAUUUCACGUAAAUUCAGAUGUUGUGUAAGAACGUGUUUACAUAAAAAAAAUUCAAGUACUUUCACUGGAACACGUCACACCCUGACUUUUAAUAGAGUUACACCGACAUUUGGUAAAAAAAAGUGAUCAUGUUAUGUCAUGUAUUAUUAUUAUUGGAUGCCCUGUUGAUACCUCUUCUCGAUACACAUCAUGUUCCAACACACUCAGCAGACUUAUGAUUACUAGGUUUUAAUCUUAUAUUAAGCAAUAAUCAUGAACUGCGUCGAUAAAUGUCUAUUAAGCAUGAUCGGUGUGUGCAUUAAAUUCUUCGGCGAUCACAAGGGGUUGGAAUAUGUAAUUGACCUUGUCUGGAGCAUGCUUGUCUAAAGUUGCAAAUUGUCUUUUUUUUGUGACAAUGACUUUUAUUUUUAUUGUAUUUACUGUGUUCAGCAAAACCAAUUGUGUACCUUUAUAUUUAGUACCAUAAAGCUUUCUUUUUCCAGUAAAAUAAAUAAUUCCCAACUCAUGAAACAAUCGAAUAGAAA